CAUCUAGAUCGAGAUUCAUAUUUCAUUAAGUACAAAAACAUUUUAAUGUUUUAAGAUGGCAAAGUUAAAGAGGACAACGAUUACAAACAUGACCAGUGUGUCUGAGGUAGAGGCAAGACAGGCAUGUAACAUAGACUUCUUAAAAUAUAAUGUUGAUAACAAAUCAGAAGACACGUAUCAAGCGGUUCAGUUACCAAAUGAGAUUACAAUAAAAGUAUUAUCUUACCUAGACACAAUCGAAGUGUUAAGGAUGGCGACUGUGUGUAAGUCUUGGAAGGAUUUGAUCCACACUACGCCCAGUGUAUGGCGAAACAUUCACCUGCAGUUAUCAUGUAAUAGAAAAUCAUCCCACAACAAAAGAACUUUUCUAUGCGCGCAACAAUUCGGAAUGCAUUUCCGGAAAUUAUCUGUCUCGUGCUCUCACGAUCAUCAAACUGCCAUUUGCAAAUUCAUGGCUAUCGACUUCCGGAAACUUUUACUCAGCCUGCAUCAAACGAGUCUAACGUCGAUAAAAAUAACUGACCUGCAGCUUCGGGGCGCUUUGCUGAGUACAGUAAAAAGUAUUACAGAGAUUCUAACUCGUAUUUUAUCCAGGUCUGACAGGAUACAGUGCUUUAAAAUGUCGUCCGCGCAGUUUAGAGUUGAAGAAGGCAUCAAUGUUCUAGACACUGUCUUUUCCGAGUCCCGUGGAACUUUAGAGACUCUUUACGUGGACACGUUUUUUCGAGAGUCAUUGUUGGGCUACCCUAGGAGAGAACAGGACAAACUGACCAAUGGCAUCCUUUCUCUUACCCGAUUAACAAAACUAGGGAUUGACUAUCUACAUCUGACUGAUGGGUUUUUGACAGCUCUGUCUAGAUCACACGCAGGGCAGCUAAAGAGACUAACAAUUGUGGCAAAAUAUUUGAUGGAUGAUGGGCCAAGAAUUUUUAAUUACGGAACUAAGCUAGCAACGAACUCUUGGUUGACUUUGGCAGGAUCUUGUCCAGAGCUGAAGGUGGUGUUUGUGACAGACGGAUAUACCUUAGCACGUUUGAAUUCCUGUAUGGAGAUACUGGAUCGUGUUAUGCCCAUCUACAAGAUAAAGCUGAUGCUUGACUUUGGAUAUCAUGACGAUUUAAAUAGCUCACGCUUCACGAAUUUGCUCAACGAAAUCACGGCUAACUUCAGAAAUAGUCUGGUCAAGCUUGAACUGGAACAUUGGCACCCUACUGGCCAAAUUGAUGCAGCUUUUCUAGACCUUGUCCGAAAAUGUCAACUUCUGACGCAUAUAAAGGCCACCGCCUACUUCUCUGACCCGGAGACUGAGAGGAUUGCCCUGGAACUGGUACAUGCCAGAAGACGCCAGCAAGAGAUGAGAGAGUCCCAGGAGAUGCCCAACAAGCGGGCGAAACUAACCCCGGCCGACGGUCCAGGUUCGGAUCCCGCUUAGGCCACAGCACCGCUAAACCGUCCUUAGAACCAGAACUGACGGGGUACGCUUAGCGUCCGGACAGGUGCACGAUGGUUUUUGAUUCACCUAAAGACACACCUGACACACUUUUAAGGGGAUUGUUACAGAUAUUGACAUCUUUUCUGCAUUACUAAAAAUACAUAUUUAAAA